AUGGGGUUCCUGAAGCUGAUCGAGAUCGAGAACUUCAAGUCUUACAAGGGGCGGCAAAUCAUCGGGCCCUUCCGGAGAUUCACGGCCAUCAUCGGGCCCAACGGCUCCGGCAAGUCGAACCUUAUGGACGCCAUCAGCUUCGUGCUGGGCGAGAAGACGAGCAACCUGCGGGUGAAGACGCUGCGGGACCUGAUCCACGGGGCGCCCGUGGGCAAGCCGGCCGCCAACCGGGCCUUCGUCAGCAUGGUGUACUCCGAGGACGGGGCCGAGGACCGCACCUUCGCCCGCGUCAUCGUGGGGGGCUCGUCGGAAUACAAGAUCAAUAACAAAGUGGUGCAGCUGAGCGAAUACAGCGAGGAGCUGGAGAAGCUGGGGAUCCUCAUCAAAGCCAGGAACUUCCUCGUCUUCCAGGGGGCGGUGGAGUCGAUCGCCAUGAAGAACCCCAAGGAGCGCACGGCGCUGUUCGAGGAGAUCAGCCGCGCGGGGGAGCUGGCCCAGGAGUACGACAAGCGCAAGAAGGAGAUGGUGAAGGCCGAGGAAGACACGCAGUUCAACUACCACCGCAAGAAGAACAUCGCGGCUGAGCGCAAGGAGGCCAAGCAGGAGAAGGAGGAGGCGGACCGGUACCAGCGCCUGAAGGACGAGGUGGUGCGGGCCCAGGUCCAGCUGCAGCUCUUCAAGCUGUAUCACAACGAGGCCGAGAUCGAGAAGCUCAACAAGGAGCUGGGCUCCAAGAACAAGGAGAUCGACAAGGACAAGAAGCGCAUGGACAAGGUGGAGGAUGAGCUCAAGGACAAGAAGAAGGAGCUGGGCAAGAUGAUGAGGGAGCAGCAGCAGAUCGAGAAGGAGAUCAAGGAGAAGGACUCCGAGUUGAACCAGAAGCGGCCGCAGUACAUCAAGGCCAAGGAGAACACCUCUCACAAGAUCAAGAAGCUGGAGGCGGCCAAGAAGUCCCUGCAGAACGCCCAGAAGCAGUACAAGAAGCGCAAAGGCGACAUGGACGAGCUGGAGAAGGAGAUGCUGUCGGUGGAGAAGGCUCGGCAGGAGUUUGAGGAGCGCAUGGAGGAGGAGAGCCAGAGCCAGGGGCGAGACCUCACCCUGGAAGAGAACCAGGUGAAGAAAUAUCACCGGCUGAAGGAAGAGGCCAGUAAAAGAGCUGCCACGCUAGCCCAGGAGCUGGAGAAAUUUAACCGGGACCAGAAAGCAGAUCAGGACCGGCUGGACCUGGAAGAGAGGAAGAAAGUGGAGACUGAGGCCAAGAUCAAGCAGAAGCUGCGGGAGAUCGAGGAGAAUCAGAAGCGGAUUGAGAAGCUGGAGGAAUACAUCGCUACCAGCAAGCAGUCGCUGGAGGAGCAGAAGAAGCUGGAGGGGGAGCUGACGGAGGAGGUGGAGCUGGCCAAGCGGCGCAUCGACGAAAUCAACAAGGAGCUGAACCAGGUGAUGGAGCAGCUGGGGGACGCCCGCAUCGACCGGCAGGAGAACAGCCGCCAGCAGCGCAAGGCCGAGAUCAUGGAGAGCAUCAAGCGCCUCUACCCCGGCUCCGUGUAUGGGCGGCUCAUCGACCUCUGCCAGCCCACGCAGAAGAAAUACCAGAUCGCAGUCACCAAGGUGCUAGGCAAGAACAUGGACGCCAUCAUUGUGGACUCGGAGAAGACGGGCCGCGACUGCAUCCAGUACAUCAAGGAGCAGCGGGGCGAGCCGGAGACCUUCCUCCCCCUGGACUACUUGGAGGUGAAGCCCACGGACGAGAAGCUGCGGGAGCUGAAGGGGGCCAAGCUGGUGAUCGACGUGAUCCGCUAUGAGCCGCCCCACAUCAAGAAGGCCCUGCAGUACGCCUGCGGGAACGCCCUCGUGUGUGACAACGUGGAGGACGCCCGGCGCAUCGCCUUCGGGGGCCACCAGAGGCACAAGACUGUCGCCCUGGACGGCACCCUGUUCCAGAAGUCGGGGGUGAUCUCUGGCGGCGCCAGCGACCUGAAGGCCAAGGCCCGGCGUUGGGACGAGAAGGCCGUGGAUAAGCUGAAGGAGAAGAAGGAGAGGCUGACAGAGGAGUUAAAGGAGCAAAUGAAGGCCAAGCGCAAAGAGGCCGAGCUGCGGCAGGUACAAUCCCAAGCCCACGGGCUGCAGAUGCGGCUGAAAUACUCCCAGAGCGACUUGGAACAGACCAAGACGCGUCACCUCGCGCUGAACCUCCAGGAGAAGUCGAAGCUGGAGAGCGAACUGGCCAACUUCGGGCCCCGCAUCAACGACAUCAAGCGAAUCAUCCAGAGCCGCGAGCGGGAGAUGAAGGACCUCAAGGAGAAGAUGAACCAGGUGGAGGACGAGGUGUUCGAGGAGUUCUGCCGGGAGAUCGGGGUGAGGAACAUCCGGGAGUUCGAGGAGGAGAAAGUGAAGCGGCAGAACGAGAUUGCCAAGAAAAGGCUGGAGUUUGAGAACCAGAAGACGCGGCUGGGGAUCCAGUUGGAUUUCGAGAAGAACCAGCUGAAGGAGGACCAGGAGAAGGUGCACAUGUGGGAGCAGACGGUCAAGAAGGAUGAGGCCGAGAUCGAGAAACUCAAGAAGGAGGAGCAGCGUCACAUGAAGAUCAUCGACGAGACCAUGGCCCAGUUGCAGGACCUGAAGAACCAGCACCUGGCCAAGAAAUCCGAGGUCAACGACAAGAACCACGAGAUGGAGGAGAUCCGCAAGAAGCUGGGCGGGGCCAACAAGGAAAUGACCCACCUGCAGAAGGAGGUGACGGCCAUCGAGACGAAGCUGGAGCAGAAGCGCAGCGACCGCCACAACCUGCUGCAGGCCUGCAAGAUGCAGGACAUCAAACUGCCCCUCUCCAAGGGCACCAUGGACGACAUCAGCCAGGAGGAGGGCGGGGCGCCCGGCGAGGAGCCCGUCAGCAGCUCCCAGCGCACCUCCAACAUGUACGCCCGGGAGGCCCUGAUCGAGAUCGACUACAGCGACCUGUCCGAGGACCUCAAGGACGCCCAGGCGGAAGACGAGAUCAAGCAGGAGAUGAACCAGCUGCAGCAGAAGCUGAAUGAGCAGCAAAGCGUCCUCCAGCGCAUCGCCGCCCCCAACAUGAAGGCCAUGGAGAAGCUGGAGAGCGUCCGGGACAAGUUCCAGGAGACCUCCGAUGAGUUUGAGGCGGCCCGGAAGCGCGCCAAGAAGGCCAAGCAGGCGUUCGAGCAGAUCAAGAAGGAGCGGUUUGACCGGUUCAACGCCUGCUUCGAGUCCGUGGCCACGAACAUCGACGAGAUCUACAAGGCUCUGUCGCGGAACAGCAGCGCCCAAGCGUUCCUGGGCCCGGAGAACCCCGAAGAGCCGUACCUGGAUGGAAUUAAUUACAACUGCGUGGCCCCUGGCAAGCGGUUCCGGCCCAUGGACAACCUGUCCGGAGGGGAGAAAACUGUAGCAGCCUUGGCCCUUCUGUUUGCUAUCCACAGCUACAAACCCGCCCCCUUCUUCGUGCUGGACGAAAUCGACGCUGCGCUGGACAACACCAAUAUCGGGAAGGUGGCCAACUACAUCAAAGAGCAGUCCACCUGCAACUUCCAGGCCAUUGUCAUCUCGCUGAAGGAGGAAUUCUACACCAAGGCCGAGAGCCUGAUUGGGGUCUACCCUGAGCAAGGGGACUGCGUGAUCAGCAAAGUGCUGACCUUUGACCUCACCAAGUACCCUGACGCCAACCCGAACCCCAACGAGCAAUAA